AUGCCCGCCCGCCCGCUCGCUCGACCCCCCGAGCGUCGAUUCCGCCCUCGUGCCCACACGCCGAGCUUGACGCACUCUGCGCGCACGCCCCCGCCCUCGCUUGGGACCCAAAUCCGCGCCGUUGACGUGUAUGCUCCCGCCGCCAAGCCUAUGCGCGCACGCACGUCUCCUCGACACCACGCAAGAUAUCCCCUCGUUCUCCAUCCCUCGUCUAGCGUCACUGGUGAGACCCCGCCGUCUCUCAACAGUCACUGUCCCUACAUCGUCGCCGAACCUCCAACCCCCCGCUUCCGCUGCACUUGCGCUCCGCGCACGCGCACAGAGCAUCGCGAAUAUCACAGCACGUCGAGAGGAGGCCGAGGAGCCGCUGACGGCGGAGAGUGA